AUGACACGAGCCAUCCCAGAAGUCCGAACGCCAAUUACAAUAUUUGCAGAUGAUGAUGUGAGCUGGCCGCGCACGGUACUUCCUUGGAUCCUAGCUCCUUUUGAGAAAGAUGAGCGAUAUGGAGGAGUAGUUACCUGCCAACGACUCCGUCGCGCUGCUGCACCAAGUAUUUCCCAGCGUGUCUGGGGAUUUUUGGGUGCUCUAUACUUGGAAAGGAGAAAUUUCGAUUGUGCAGCUACAACACAUAUUGAUGGUGGACUCCCUUGUAUGUCGGGUCGAACCGUCGCAUACAGAACAGACAUCCUUCAAAAUGAAGGCUUCACAUAUGCAUUCACUAAUGAGGAAUGGUGGUUUGGGAAAUAUCAGUUGAAUGCGGAUGAUGACAACUUUAUUACACGCUGGAUGGUGUCGCAUGGCUGGGAGACCUUUAUGCAAUACCAUCCUGAAGCUGAAGUCCUCACAACUUUGGAAGAUAACCCCAAGUUUUUGAAGCAAUGCGCACGAUGGUCCCGAAGCAACUGGAGAAGCAACCUCACGACCUUGGAGCGCGUACGCGGUACAUUUGACAACAUUGUCACCCCCGGCCCUCUUGGGAGAUUUGCUGCUCGUUUUACUAUGCCAUAA